CCCUGAGAGGGUAAGAAUAACUUACAAUGGCUUAGAUGACUGCUGUCAUCUUUUUGUCUCUUUGCAGUUGUCGGGAAAUGGCCAGCCCUGGAAGCAAUCAGUUCCCUGAAGUUUAAACUUGACGAGCAAGAAAUUGGGUUCCUGUCAAUGGACUUCUUUCCCCCAACAUUUCCAGGCUUAAUUGUUUGAACUCUUUCUAGUUAACAGACAAACAAACAAGCAAAAACAAACAUGUAAUCCUGUGGAAUUUUCCCAUAUUCUUUUGGCCUGGAAAGUACCACAUUCCAAGAUCUCUUGCUACUUAGAGUCUGGAGAGUUACUGAAAUAUGGAACGUUGGGAUUUGCUGGGGUUUCUGAUCAUCACAUUGAACUGCAAUGUGACAAUUGUGGGGAAGAUCUGGCUCAUCAUCAUGAUAAUGCUGAGGAUGGUGGUAAUUAUUUUGGCAGGCUAUCCAAUCUACCAAGAUGAACAAGAGAGAUUUGUUUGCAAUACUUUGCAACCAGGAUGCUCCAAUGUAUGCUAUGACAUCUUCUCUCCUGUAUCUCACUUCCGAUUUUGGCUGAUCCAGAACGUAUCUGUUCUCCUGCCUUAUGCCAUGUUCAGUGUUUAUGUCUUUCACAAAGGAGCCCUACAUGCUGCAAUGGGGGCCCGCCAACCAGAUUGCUGUAAAGGAAGGAAUAUUCUCCCUGACCAGAGAGGAGUGAAGGGGUUUGGCUAUUCUCAUCUAAAUUUCCCUGACUUUUCCACUGCAUAUAUAAUACAACUUCUUCUGAGGAUCCUGACCGAAGCUGCUUUUGGUGGUGCCCAAUACUAUCUCUUUGGAUUCUGGGUUCCAAAGCAAUUCUCCUGCUACCAUUCUCCUUGUACAAGUGUGGUGGAUUGCUAUAUCUCCCGGCCCACAGAGAAAUCAAUAAUGAUGCUUUUUAUUUGGGGAGUCAGUGCUCUAUCCUUUCUUCUAAGUUUUGUUGACCUAAUUUGUUGCAUGCAGAGAUGGCUGAGACGGAAGCAUUUGGCUAAACGGAUGAUGAAAAAUGUUUGUGUCAGUGAAGAGCAUGGCUCCCCAUACAUCCCUCCUGGUCAAGCCAAGCACUGUUUGACCUCAGAGGUAAGGCAGGAACCGCCACAGCUGGUGAAAAGGUUCAGUCAGAUUAGUGAGAAUGCUGGGUGGCCUGAGUCUAGAGGGGAAGAAGAUAUAUCUCUUCAUCCUAUGGUGUGGCCCAAAGAUGUAGCUUCCAGGUCAAACCUUAAUAGCCCAGGUCAUAAGUCUUGCUCAUCUGGAAGAAUGACUUUUCCAGAUGAAGAUGGCAGCGAAGUGAUGUCCAAUGGCAGUGAACAGCAAGGGAUAGCUUCUAAAGAGAUGCAAAGCAGGCCUUUCAAAGAGGUUCCUAGGUCCAAGGACAGCUCCCAGCUUGGAGAGUUUGCCUCUGCCCCUCGAAGCCGACUUGGAGGACAUUAUUCAUCCAGUGAGCUGAAACCUUCUGCCUCUCAGGUGAGCUGUGGCAGCCCUAGCUACCUAAGGGCCAAAAAGUCUGAAUGGGUAUGAAAGGAUGAUACCCAGAUGGUUAUGAAGAUCUGAGAAAGAUGGCCUACCUAAGGCCCUCCAGUAUCAGCAGCCACAAUCAUGGAAGACGGAAACCGCAAGAAAGACUCAACCUUAAAGUUACUUGGCACAAGCAAAUAUCCAGGGAGGAACGAUGAGCAGAAAGCAAACCUGGCCAAGGACAAAAACAGGCCCUGCAAGGAAACUUGGAUAGGUUCUCUUCACAGAUCUAAUUUCAGUAAGGCUGGCUACUGGAAGAUAAGAUUUAUACUUUCUAAAGUUUGGUUUGACUUUAUUUUUGCUCCUAUUUCUCCAUGAAAACCAAAAUACAGGCAAAAAACAUUCUGCUUAGAUACAAAAUUGAAUUGAAAAACUAAUUUUAAGCUUUAUCUUCAGUAAUUCACUUGAAUAGUUCCCCUGAAUACUUCUAAAGGGUUAUCACAUGGGACCACUUUAUUUAAAAAAUGCAACACGCGCCUCAAGUCUUUUUAAGAGCAAAAACUAAAAGAUGAGACUGUAUCAGUGCCCACACAAAAGUAUCGUGGAAGUUUUAUACCCCACUGGCAACAUUCAGAUACAAACUGGGAAGCUUAUAAUGAAAAACAGACAUGUUUGGUCACUGCUAGUCUUAUUGUUGUUAUAGGUGGCAGAGUCUGGCUAAUUCUCUUCUACCAUGUUUAGUGUGAAGUGUUUUUCCUUGUACUAAUAGAGCUCAUUUGUGUUUUCAUGGGCUAUUGGGAAGUAGUUUUUUGUCUGGAUGAGAAAAGAAUUAUGGCUUAGUGGGAGUCAGAAUCAUAGAAGGUUUGACUUGGAAGGAACCUUAGCUAUCAUGUAGGCUGACCUCCUUAUAUUAAAUUAUUUUAAGUCAUAAAUGGUGCUGAAUAAGGUACUCAGCUCUUCUGGGGGUACUACCUCUUCCUACCUAGAAAGGGAAGAGAAGAAUCUACCCUGUCCCUGGCCUGCUUCCACCUUGCCAACCUUUCCCGUCCCUUAGAGAUUCAAUUGGCUAAAUCCUGUUAUAACAAGUAGCUGAUUUUUAGGGCAAUAUUACGAUCUCCAGUCCAUGUGGCCUUUUCCUCUGCUCUUUCAUGGGGUUUACAUUCAAUGAAAAGUUAUUGAUACAGUCAGAAUAGCUCAGAGCGCCCAGUUAGGGGAGUUCCUGAUACCGACAGAGGUUUGGGUUUCUUUCUCAAUUUAAAGUUUUGGGUCCAUCUACCAAAAUCCUGGUCUCUUUAUGUUUAAGGUAGUAAUCAAAACACUGGAAAUGUUUAGGUAAAAGGAAUAUUGGACAGGCAUAGGAAGGGAAAGUCCAGGAAUGAAUAUCUUUCUUUUAUUGGGGGAAUAUUUGAAGAGAUAAAUUCUACUGAGCCUUCUACUCUGAGGCUCUGGCAGAGCCUGGUUCCCCUUCCCACUCAUUGCCUUUCUAUAGCAGCUCAGCUCUCAUUUCAGCUUCAGUUUCUCCAUUUAUUUGUUUCCUCUCUAUUGACUCUUCUUUCCAUUAUGGCUCUUUUCAUCCAGUUAGGAUGGGGUUAGAGAUGUAGCCUCUUCAAAGCUACUGGGUUCUUUUUUAUUUUUUUUAAAUCUCUUACUUUCUGGCUUAGUAUCAGUUCUAAGACAGAAGAUGAGCAAGGGCUAGGCAAUCAGGGAUGAGUGACUUGCUCAGGGUCACAUAACUAGGAGGCAUUUGAGGUCAGAAUUGUAUUCAGGUCCUCCUGACUCCGGGCUUGGCACUCUAAACACUGUGCUACCUAGUUGCCCUUGCUCAGAUCUCAAAGUCACCACUUCUGUUCUCAGACCCUCAAAGGCUACAUAUGUCUCCCUUUAGGAAGUGCCUGUUGUGGGCAUGAUGCCAGUUUACUUUCCAGAUUAAAAACUGAAAUAGCUCCAAAUACUUUUCAGGGAUGAAAGCAAAUGUUUGUCUCUCUGAAAUUCAGACCCAAGGAUACUAGUUAGUGAUCAGCCUCCUGUUACACAGAAGAUAGGAAACUGAGGCAGAUGAGUGAUUUAACUAAGGUCACGCAGCCAGUCAAAGCUCCGUCCUGGACUCCCCCUUAGUUCUUCUAUGGGAUUCAACCCCAAACCACAAAACUGCCUUCAGAAGACCUUGAUUGAUGUGCUAUCUGGAUCCUAUGCAACACAUCCAUAGGCAAGUAUAUUUCUCAACUUUCUCAUAUGUAAAGUGGGGCUAAUAACAUUGGCUCUGACACUUUCAAGGCUAUAUGACUAUGAGAAAGUCAAUUAAAUUCCUGAACACUGGUCUCCUCUGUAGUUAAAUGUAGAUAGUAACACUAGCAUUGCCAAUCUUAUGAAAAAAGCCCUCCAUAUGUCUUAAAGAGCUAUAUAAAUAUGACUUCCUACUGUUGUGACCACACUUAACCUCAGUUUCCUCAUCUGUAAAAUAGGAAUAAUAAUACUACCUCCUUUCGGGACUGUUGUGAGGAUCAAGUGAGAUAAUGCUUUUAAAGCUUUUAGCACAGUGGUUGGCAUUCACUAAGUGCUAUAUAAAUGUUGGCUAUCAUCAUUGAAACAUUAAUAGACAACUUAUUAGCUUUGGGGUUAUUUAGACAUUUAAAAACCAGCAUUAGUAAUUAGGUUGUAUUAUUUCAACAUGAGCCACAAAGUUUACACACUGAAAUAUAUUAUAUCUCAAUAUGACAGAGUUGUAGGGAACCGACAAAGAUGGAUUUUUUUAGCGCAUCUUAUACUGUUAAGUAUGGCAUAUGAAUCAGUCACUCAUGGAGUAUGGGAUGGUUUGAUCUCUGCAUUACUGUUGUUGUUGAGUUGUUUUAGUUGUGCCCAGGUCUUUGUGACUCCAUUUGGGAUUUUCUUGGCAAAAGUACUGGAGUGGUUUGUCAUUUUAAUCCCCAUUUUAUGGAAAAAACUGAAGCAAACAGGGUUAAGUGACUUGCCCAGGGUCACACAGCUAUCUUUAUAAGACUGCAUGGCCUUUACCCUCUGGAAGGGAAUAGUCUUGCUGUCUAUUGUAAUGUUAUUCAUUUAUCUCUAGUUUAUUAAUUUAGUUGCUAAGAUGGGUCCUUCAGAAAGUUCUGUGAUUAGAGGACAAGAAACCUUCUAGCAUCAAUGAAGCAUUUAAUGGUUAAUUAAUUAAUUAAUGGAAACUGACCAUCAGGGCUUGGAAGCAAUGAAUGUCCUGCCCUAAAACUCAGUUCUUCAGGCUCUCAUGAACAUGGACCCACUUGGCCAGGACUAACUUUUACACCAGUGAUAAUCUCUGAGGGGGACCUGGCCAAAUAAACAAAAUGAAAUUUGAAAGAAGAA